AUGAUGAAGGGAAACAUGGUUUCGUUUCUGGUCUUAGUGGCUCUCUCGAUGCUGUUUAUAGAUCAUUAUGCACUGGGACUCGAUGAGGAUGACGACGAGGACGACGACGAGGACGAUGAAGGAUUCGCUAUGGUUUGUGUGAAACAGUUAGGCAAAUUUUUCAUAUGACUUUAAGAUUUAGGUUACAUUGCUGGCCAAACUUAGUCUCUUAUAGUAAUAUUAAUACUUUCUCUGCAGUAAUGAUACAAAAGGGUUAGCUGGAUAAUCGCUUACUAAUGAAUAGUUACUGAACACAUCGCGAUUCUACCCCUUUCAUUUUGUGCUGUGAGUUUCCCUUCCACGUAUUUUUCAAUGCGUUCUCUCAUUUAAUUCGCGCAUGUAGCAUUUCAAGUCAAACAAAUAAUUUUAAUCAACGUUCAGUACACUUUUUUCGUGUGUGGAAGCAACAACUUAUUUAUUGUGCAUAACAAACAUCAAUCCAACUAAUUGCAUAAAUCAUAAAACUGCCAAAUGAACUGCAAUCGUCGUCAAAAUUGUCGAAACAUUUCUCCCUUGUCCCUUGUUAAUGCAAAUAACUGAAUAAUUCGACCUCCUGAAAAAAAAUCCAAAACAAAGAAAAAAGCAACAUUGAGAGGGAAGCGGGUUGUUUCAACGAACUUAGAUGAGGGUUGUGGGGUCACAAUGUACUAAAAAUAGGUGACAUCUAACCGGCGGACAGCCUUGUUUUUUAAUGAGAAAGUGAGACUAUCAAAAUGUAAAAACUGAUUUAGUCCAAACUGAAAUUUUGACCUAUUUCUCUUUUGGCAGCUCUAUUUACAAAACUAUCACUACCUUUCACCUGACGAAGACCUUGCCAAUCAAAACACCACAAAAGCAAUCGAGAACUUUCAGAAGUUCUUCGGACUUCAAGUCACCGGUCAUCUGGACGAAGAUACUUUGUACAUGAUGAAGAAACCGCGCUGUGGUGAUCCGGAUGUUAACAUCCGGGGCUUUCGUAUAAAGCGUUACGUAACUAGGGGCAAAUGGAGAAAAAGAAAUUUAACUUAUUACUUAUCUUUCGGAGAUGACAUGAGUCGGGCCGAUCAGUCAAGAAUUUUCGCUGAAGCUUUCAAAUAUUGGAGCGACGCUGCACAAAACCUUACAUUCAACAGAACUCACGAUUACAACAACACUGACUUAAGAAUCAGGUUAGCGAUCUCCUUAGUCUGCAUUCUUUUCUUGUUUCUUUAAAUCAGUCGCUAAUGUAAUUUCAUCCCAAAUUUAAGACUCUAGAUUGUUGAUUUUGCUUCGAAAAAAUAAAAAAUUUGCAUUUACUCUCUUGAUAAAUAUUCAAGCCAUUGAGUGUAAACACACGGAAUUAUUGAUAUUAUAUAUUGAAUAACCGAGAAACUCAUACAUUAUCAUAGAUUAUAUUUCCACUAAAUUUGGAUCAGUAAUGGACGAUUCACAUCCACGAAAUAUAGAUAUUAUGUAGUAUUUAGGCAGAGGUACUGUGCCUCUGACUUUUGUUCAGACCUCCGCGAAAGGUUUUUUCUCGCUGUACUCAAGCAUUUUGACAAAAUGAAUUAAUACAAAUCUUGAUGGAUCAGUAAGCUCAAUAUAAGCGGAAGAAAUUUGACCCACCGUCCACGGUCGGAUUUUAAAAACCUAGGAAUCUUUUUUGGCGUCUUUAGUAUUUUAUCAUCUUUUUAAAUGCUUUCUUACUUCCGGUAUUAUAUGUUUUUGUUUAUUUGUCCUUAUCAUUUCAUUUACUGUUUCAACAUAGCCCACCUUGAUAACAAUUCACUAAAUGAAGUGGUUACCCCGUCUCAAUAUUAUCAAAUGUUAUCAUCAUUAUUUUUAUCACAAUUGUUACUAGUAUUAUAAGUAUUGUUAUAAUUAUCAUUAGCUAAGAAAACGUACAGCCAAGAAAGCAUUUCGUUUUUCCCAACCAGUCACCUGAAUCAACUAUACCCUUUCAUGACAAGAAGUUACUUUUGUCGUCAUCGUCAUUUUCAUUGUGACUGUCGUUGCUGUAAUUAUUAUUUUAUCAUUAUUAUUUUCAUUCUCAGUUUUGGGAAACGGUUGCAUGGUGGUGUCCCGCGUGAAAAGCCAUGCGCUUAUCCAUUCGAUGGACCAGGAGGAAUUAUAGCGCAUGCGUAUUACCCAUCUAGAGGAUUUAUCCAUUUUGACGAUGACGAACAUUUCACCGAGCUUGGUGGAGUUCAAGGCUGGUGGUGGAAUUCAAGGCAAUCCCGCUCUCUGCUUUACACAGCCGUUCAUGAAAUUGGUCAUGCUUUAGGUCUGGCGCACUCUAAUGUUCAAGGUGCCGUAAUGUGGCCACUUGCACGCAAUGGGAGACCUGUUUUGCAUCAAGAUGAUAUUGAUGGGAUCAAUUCAUUGUAUGGUAGGUAUACCCAAAAUUGAAAUUCCUUGUGUGUCCUAGCCUAGGCGCUUUAGAAGAGCCCCUACCCCACUUACCCCUCCCUUUGGACAAAAACUUUCAACUUUUCAAUGGGUUUGCAACCAUAUUGUUAUUCAAUUAGAAUAGGUAGCGUUUCGGUACGAAAAUAUCCAUACGUGUCAUAAAAAUGAAUUAGUUUUGGUUGUGAAUCAUUAUAUUGGAUGCUUAUUUCAUGUGGUGUUCAUGAAAGCUAAGCGAUAUUUCAGAAGAUUAAUGGCAAUUUGUUUCAUAGGACGUUAGAAAAAAGCUUCUUCUAGAUCUCCAGUUUCUAUCUCCCUCUCUCUAAUAAGCCCCGCGUCUAGAAGCCAAAUAGGAGCUUAUUACAGCGGUUACAGUUGUUGGGCAAAUUCAUGACGGGGCUAAAAGAGUUUAAAUGGUGGGAAGAGUGCAGCAAUUUUGGCUAAAGGAUAUACGAGGGUCUCAAUUGGAUCAUGGCCUCUAUGGCUAACAGUUAAAAUCCUUGCCAUGUUAAAGCUGACUGUUAAUUUAGUUCCGUUUAAGUUAAGAGUAAAAUUUUACGGUUAGCUUUUGUACGACUACCAGUUAAAAGUUGUACAGGUUUACUCUCAACAGGCUUAAAUGUUUUGCUGUUUCACAGUUAGUAGUUAGCCCCAUUAGACUCUUAUAAAUGCUUCCCGUGCACACAACGGAACCCUUGAUCUAUGAAAUCUCUUGCCAGCAAUAAAAGUCACUGAUUCCUUGCGCAUCCUAUGUAAAAUUCAGUUUUUCAGGUUUCUGUUGCUGAUACUUAAUGAAUCAUUUCGUAAUAUUUAACUCCGUAAGACUCCCACUAAUAUUACUAAAACAGAAUUAAUGCGGAUUUCAGGAAACCCCAAGAGAACGCAGACAGAUAAGGAAGAAGUAGAAACUUGAAGUAAAGGAAAAACAAGAAAAUAUUCCAAAUGUCCUUUCAACAUGGUAUCAAGAUGGCAUUAUUAUUGAAACAGUCCCAAUCUUAUACAGAUCUAUAAAAUAUAUUUCUGUUUUCAAAAGCAAGAGUUUUAAGUCCUAUUUGAAUAUUUAUCGAGCGAACACAAGACAGAAGUAUUCAAUGUGAUCAAAAGGAAUCUUUAUGAACCAGCUGUAAUUUUGCAUGAGCGGGUUCAAAAUAUUAUUCUGUACACUAUUUGUUUUUGAUAACCUGUCGAAGUCUAGUACUUGCCUACUCUCGCAGGCUUUCAAAUGGUCUUCUUUUUCAAAAUGAACGACCAAGAAAUAUUCAAAUACCACCGAAAAUAAGAUAAAUUAAGAGAAAUACAGCUCGCUUUGGGAAGAAUAUUAGUUUGGAUGUAUAUUAACGAUUGUUAAACCACUUUCUGUUUAAAGACGUGCUCUUUACCAAACAGCCCCUGCGUAGAUAAUGUACUGUUAAAAUGUCCGCAACAGAGUCCCAAGAUCUAAUAUACAAAGAAAAUAUUAAAAGACGUUACUAUAUUUCUCUAUAAGAUGUAUCCUUACUAGUAUGGCAGGAGUUUGCAAUAAACUGUAAACCAAAGUUGAACUUUAAAAUAAAUCUCAAUUUCAUGACUACGAGAUCUUUCGAUCACCGAUGAUUGAUUAGUGAUCGUAUGGUCUUGCACAAAUUGGAAAUGUACAGAAAAGAUCUUGACAAAAGCGUGACUAAAUCUGUACAUUCAUUUUCCUCUCUUUUCAAAGGGCAGCUACUGUACCUCUAGGUCAAAUGAAAAUGUCUAAAAGGUUAGGAAGUGGGUAAUAAGAAAUUUCUUUAGCUGGGGUGCUUCAUGUUUAAUUUUGUUUAUCUACAUAACUAAAAUGGUCCAAAUAUUGUGGUUUCCUAACGUGGGUUUAAUACAGUAUUUUAAAUUAAAUUUUGUUGUGUGCACUUUUACUGAUGUGAGCCAAAGUAACGAAGGAAUGAUGUAAUGUCGAUGGUUUUUUGUGCGUUGAUAGGAUUCUUCUCGCUUUAAGUCCAGUACAUCCAACUGCCCGAUUACAUUAAUAAUACUUUCGUGACUAUUGGAAGUCGAAUGAGUGCUAAAGAAGUACCUGAAAACCUCGUUCAAUAUAUCAAAUCAUAUUACCGGUUGUUCCUCUACUCGGAAAAAGAGCUAAGCUUCGUCAGAAUGCCGUGGUUUGAUUGACACUCAAAAAAACUGUCUACAAAACCGUUCUCAUACAAGCAAUAAUCUUACGGGAUCGUUCUUGAGCUAAGCUUUGGAGGAUCUCUACGAGAGCCUUUUCAAACCCUUUUAUCACAGCUAUUUGGCCAUAGCCAAAAUUUUUGGAUUAAAUAAAUGUGGUUAGAGCAAUCUUUCGAAGUGGCACUGUGAGAAUUUCUGAAACGUGACCCCACGAACCUCAAUGUUAAUAUUGUUUGGUAACUUAAAUCUCGGUUGGAAACAUUUGUUCAAAUAUUUCAAAUGUUUUGUGGGGGUUUCUUGAGAUUUCGGUGCUUUAACAUGACAGAAGAAGCGAAUUUGAGCUCCACAAUCAGUCUCUCUCAUUACACCAGAUGCAUAAAGCUUUCAACAUCUCAGAAUUAAAUUAUGCUGUAGUUAAGGAAAGCGAUCUUAAAGAUCUAAAGGCAGUGCCAAGAAUCUAGCUUGGGUGUGGCUAAGGGAGGAAUUUGUUUAGGAGCAACAGCGCGGUUCCCGAAAGGAACGUAAACUUCCUGAUUGUUAUACAACAACAGAAAUUGCAUCGGCAAUCCGAAAUCGAGAGCCUGCCUCUUAUAUUUCACUCAUACAACGGCCGUCAACCACCUGCUUAAAACAUCAUUCUUAACUAAACAAUCACUAUACAUUCUAUUAUAAGAAUUCCUGCGACAUGAUCCUACGAAUGAGGAAGUAAUGAUAACUUAGUUAAGUUCUUCCUACUCCCACACCAUCUGAACAAAAGAUUUUCAUUGGAAUAAACACGAGACAAACAUGAAUCGUGUUUGAAAAAGUUUUACCUUACUUGUAACUAAAGGCGGCAAGUUGAACUUUUCUAUCAUCUUCAUUGCCUCAGAAAGUUUUCAACAGCAAUUUGUCUGUUCAUCUAGUUUGGUCAGAUCGAAAGAGUUAUUUAUGACCGACAAGCUUUAAAAAAAUCCUCACUAAAUCCUAACACUCUAGAAACAACGAUAAGAGGUUUCUAUCUCCAACUUACUACGCUUGUAUAUGCCUUUUGACAAACUUGUAUGGCAAAGUCGCUCAAACUCUCAGUAUCCGAGUAACUUAUUGGUUGAAUAGUCAUCCUAAGUAGAGUAGUAAGCUAUUAAAAAAACAGUUGAUGGCUGUAAUUUGAAAACAUUGACCUUUGUAUCAAAUUCUACUUAAUUCGAUUCGUUUAAAUCGGUCAAUAUUUUGAAACCAUCUCAGCGUUGCAAUUUCUGUAAUAGCACUGAGGCCGGGUUCUCUCACUUUUGAAAAAAAUAUUGGCGUUUUACGCCCUUACUAACGAUGUAGAGAUCUUGUGUACAAUGUGAUUCAGAAUAUUUCUAUUGUUUAAUACGAUACAUUCCAGCAAAAGUCAUUUCAAGUGUAACUGCGGGAGUCACCAGAUACCUUGCAGUGUAACGGAGAUUGAAAAACAAAUGAGCGGAAUAUCUUCGCUGUACACAUGUGCAAACAGUUUUCCCAGUUAUCAUAUAUCUGUUGUCUUGUAAUUUUUAUUUAAAGCAGCCUAUCAUUGGCAGAAAGGUGCAUUUUCUCAUGCUAAGAAGCUAAACAGGUAAACCAUGUUGGUCUCAUUUCUGCUAGUUUCCCUACUGUUUGCUGUAAAAAUCGUCUGCUAUGAGUAGUUUCACGAAUUUAAAGAGGACAAAUCUUUCGCCGAGGUAAGUGUAAAGGCCUUUUGACUGUUGUGUGUUUUGUCGCUUUGAAUAGGAAAAUAGUUGGUAUAGGCAGGAGGUCAGGAAAACCGGUAAAAUUCAAUAUGAAAUAAAGGUGCAGCAGUUUAUGUCAGGAGCCUCCUGAUCUGGCACAAUCUUUUGUUAACACAAACAACUGAAUAUAUCGAUGUGUAGUCUCUAUCUAGUGCUUCAGAUUUCACUUGAAUUGAACUCUAGACCAAGCAUUUCUUUCUGUUUAAUCAUUUUCCCGCUUAAUUUCAAGGCUUCUUUUCACAAAUAGCGCUCAAGCAAACUUGUAUAAUAACAGGUGAACACACCAUCAAGGUGCCUUUAACUCAACGGUCAAUUUUUUCGCAUCAAUAGAGCUACCUAAGGAAGUAGCACUACAUAUCACCAGCUAGAUCAGGGAACCAGGACCUGAACAAAGCAAUAAAAAACUUCCAGAAGUUUUUCCAUUUGUCACAAACGGGAGAACUGGACGAAGACACUCUAUACCUGAUGAGAAAACCACGAUGUGGAAUACCCGAUGUCGACGAAGAUGGACGCGUCAAGCGUUUCACCACGCAAGGAAAAUGGUCUAAGACAAGUUUAACAUAUUAUAUAGAGUACAGUAACGAUAUGUCUGAGUCCAUUCAGCCACGUAUUAUCGAGGAGGCCUUAGACAAAUGGGUUGGUGCUGCUUCAAGUCUUCAGUUUACAUGGACAAAUGACUACGACAAUGCCGAUAUAAGGAUAAGGCUGGACUGCUUUGUAUUCUAACGAUAAUAUUAAUAGUAAUAAUAAUAUUAAAGAUGAUAUUAGUCAUAUUGAUAUUGAUGAAGGAAUGAGCCGUUGCGAAUACCUAGCUAAGGGCUGAUACCGUCAUAUUUUAGCUGAAGUAACCUUUUUCCUCGCUGAAGUAAUAUUUUUCCCUCAAAGCUUUGGAUCCAAAUCUCCUGCUGGCGUCACUAAUGAGCAAGACUGUAAUUUCGAUUUCGACGGAGAGGGAGGAACCGUUGCACAUGCGUAUUACCCUGAAGACGGAAGAGUCCAUUUUGAUAACGAUGAAAGGUACACCUAUAUUGGUAGUACCAGUGAGUCGUGGUGGUCGGCGCAGAUUUUAGAAAGCCUGAGCUACGUUGCUUUGCACGAGUUCGGUCAUACCUUAGGACUGAGUCACUCUAACAAUGACGACGCCAUCAUGUGGCCCUUUAUUGGCACAAGAAAUCCCGGCUUACAUUCGGAAGACAUCAACCGCAUACAGUCGCUUUAUGGUGAGCAAAUGUCAGAUAUAAGAAACAUUCUAUUAUGAAACCUUCAAAUCUGAGAAGACUACAGAUUAAGAAAACUCUAAUGAACAAAAAAGUUAUCACGUUGCCACGAUCACAUCUAAUAUGAGAUAAUUGCAGCAUUUCUAUUCAAUUUUUAGACCAAUUUAAUCUACCAAAGCUACAAGGAGUUCUUAAAAGGAAUUAACUGAAAUCUCUAUAUCUGAUUCGUUGUUUUCCGGUAAACCCACUUUUGCUCCACCAAAAUCUGAAACACAACCAUGAGGAAUAUUUUUGAUAUCUAUGUAUUUGGAUUUUUGUUAUUUAGCUGAUCAGUUGUCUAUGGCUAUUGUUUAUUUUAGGAUCGUGAAGAAACGCAAAUAGCCGAUCGACAGAUGUAUUAAUCAUUGACGAAUGGAAAACGAGGGAUCUUGAUUAUAGUGAUUGUGAGAAAACCAGGUGUUGGGAUAUCAUAGUUCUAAACACAUGGAAUAAGGCUAAUAAAGAUCAAGGUUGAAAUGUGAGGUUUCUGUUUGGUAGUGGCUUGCUUUUCUAAGAAUAGAUUUUGACUGAGGAAUUUUAAUCCUUAUUCGCUUUGAUGGGUCGUUUCAGUUCAAAAUCAAUAUUUCCAUCUAGAAAGCACAAACCUUUCUUCUAAUGGAGGAACUGUACGAUUGAUAAUCAACAAGCGAGGACCAGAUGUACUCGAUAGAGAUUGCAAAUUUGCAUUUAUUCAUCACCGUACAAUUUUCUGCAUUCUUCGAAGAUUUUUUAAGCUUUUUAAAGAUAAAUAUUCGGCUGUGGCAAGCUAUGUAACCCAUUUGUUUGUCAUAGCCACAUUCUGCUCAUCAGUUUUAAGAUUAACAUGGCAGUAUGUUGAACUAGUAUUGUCGUCUUCUAAGUAAUGAAAGCUCCUUUUGAGUUCAUCCAUUUUGUUUCUUAUAGAUGGUUGAUGAAAGCCAGAUGAAAAUAUUUUCUGCUGACAACUUACUAUCGAAGGAAAAUGCGAAAAUCCGUUUUCGAUUUUGCCAUGGCAAAGGGAACAUGCACCCACCUUCAACUCAUUUCUUUCUCGCAAAAUUAGACCUUCUUUCUUUUUUUUUUCCUCUUCUACUUUUCCUUCUCCAAUGAUUAUUGUGGAAAGAAAGAGAGAAACAGAGUGUUGAAACGAUUUCAAGGGGCUGCAAUAUUCAAUAUAAAAUGACAUUUCUUUUGCUUCUUGUACAAUCCUGCGCUGCGUGACAUUAACAGUUGAACAAUUGCUUGAGUUACUCUGAAUGCAAUGCUUAUUGCUUAUUAGAGUUAUUGCUUAAUGGUGAAUCAAUUAGAAUGUAAGAUAAUGAAAUAGUAUCCACUAAUUAGCACUUAAUCGUUUGAUUUUAAUAAAACUUGUGAAUCGCUGAUAAGGUGGAACAUGUCGCCAAAACGGAUGAAAUACUGGUAUACUAGAAUGAAAAGAUUAGUUUUACCUUUUUCAGGACGAACUUUACAUUCUCGUCACAUUCGCGUCAAAUAAAACCCUUAAUGUUUGACCCUUCAGUUCUCUUUGCCUUCUUUUCAUUCAUCGUAGUCAAAUAUUAACGAUAUAAGGAAGGUAGAAGAGAUAAAAUGAAUUUUGGCCAUGUGAAGGUUACUGAUCUGUGAACAAUUAAUGAAUGGUUCAGGUUUGAUUAUUCUUUUUUUAUUUAUUGGGCUUAUAGAUUAUGACAGUAAUGAUAACAAUUAAUUAUUUUCACUGCAUGUCUUCUCCCAAAACCUUAUUUUUCUGGGUGUUUACAAACAAUUUCCAACAUUGAGAUACGCGACGAUGGCGGUCGGACACGUUUGGAAGAGCUCCGUGUACAUUAUUCUUUUAACUUUGUUUUGCGUCAUUGCUCCCUGGAAAGCUGAUUUCCAGUCAUUCUUAAACCUUUCAUUUUCCCUAAGCUAUAGUCUGAGAAGGCUGGUAGUCCAAGAAUCCACAGAAAAAUGUUUAUCAAGCCGCUCUGUGGCCGAUGGCUUGGUAAGACGCCAUAUUGGAAUCCACCUUAUCAAGCGUGUAAGAUUUACUCAUUGCAGGGUAAACUAUUACAACAACUGUGACGCCAGUUUUAAUCUGGAGUUUUUCAGCUUAUGUGGUGACAUCCCAACCCCGGACCCACUGCAGGAAAAACCGCAAGCAAGUUUUCCGUUUGUGGACGUGCCGUGGCUAAGAAUCAAGUAGCGAUUACUUGUGAUAGUUGUUGCCAACAGACUCACUUAAAGUGCGGUGGGAUAACUGCGAAACGCGACAAACAGCUUCUGUCUUGCUCAAAUCAUUGCUACUACUGUCCCACUUCUAAAGGAAAUUUGUCACAACAGCUACCUUUCGAAUGUUGAUAAUAUAAACGAACAAGAUCCAGCUAAUGACAACCCUCUUCAAAAUAUGGGCUCCCACGGAGAACCAACUAUCAAGUUUCCACGGAAAACCAACAAGAAAGAAUGUAUAGUUGCUCUUCUAAAUGUAAAUAGUCUUCCUAGCAAGUUUAUUGCAAUCAAGGAAUGGCUUGUUGAUGGUGUUUUUGACAUUCUCUGCAUUCAAGAAACGAAAAUUAACAGCACUUUCUCUAAUUCUCAGUUCCAUGUAAAUGGGUACAAUAUCUUCAGACGAGAUAGAAAGAAAGGCGGUGGUGGCGUCAUAAUCUUUGUACGUGAAAGCAUCAUAGCAAUGCCCAUCAAGAUGAUAUGUAAAUUUAUGGAAGCAAUACUACUAGACUUAACUAUCGGUCAAACUCGAUUCGCACUGAUAGCAGCAUACAAGCCCCCUUUAUUUUCGACAUGUACAGUCUAUUGAAUAAAGCUACUUCGCAGAGCGACAGCAUUAUCUGUUUGGGGGAUUUGAAUUGUGACUUAGUUAUCCUUUGGAUAAUAAUAAUAAAGGGAGAAGUCUGCUGGACAUUUGUGACAUUUAUGAUCUGUAUUCUUUAAAUAAUUCACUCACAAGAACAUCUUCUCAGCAUUCUUCGUGCUUAGAUGAUAUCCUGACGAAUGUUCCACGUUAUUUCAGGGAAUCAGGAAUUUUGAAGGUUGGCCUCAGUGAUCAUUGUCUAUUUUAUACAGUUCUAAAUAAGAAAUUACCGCAACCUAAAGCCGAAAUUAUCCGGGUGCGCUCUUUCAAGAAUUUUGAUGAAGGCUCUUUUUGUGGCGACCUGAGUUUGGUUCCUUUAUCGACGGCUUACGUCUUCGAUGAUCCUGAAGAUGUAUAUUGGGCUUGGGAAAAAUUUUUUUGUUGAAGUUCUGGAUGACCAUGCUCCAGUUAAAUCGUUUCGACGAAGACAUCGCGACCAAUUUCAAUUUAUUUAUAAACCCUGAAUUACAGGAAGUGAUGAGAGAACGUAAUCGUAGUAAAAGGCAAUUCAACAAGUCCAGAAAGCCUGAAGACUGGGAAAAAUAUCGCCAACUAAGAAACAGAGCUGUUAGCAUGACAAGAAAAAGAGUAAGAGAUCACUUUUCCAGAAUCUGAAAUGAUAAACAUCCAGAUCAAAAGAAGUUUUGGGACAUAAUAAGACCGUAUAUCUCAUCCAGGAAAAAGCAGUCUCUCCUCAACGAGCGUAUUGUUUUGAAAGACGAUGCUGGUGUCAUCAGAGAACAAAAGAAAGUCGCCGAAGUUCUGGCAGAAUAUUUUUCAAGUUCUCAGCACCCUGAUCUCAAUCAAUUGCCUCCAAAGUGAUACCAAACAAUAAAAGCUCAUCAAUCCCGCUCCUUCACCUCAACAAACACAAGCCCUGCUGAAGUGAAGAGAAUUAUGAAGAAUAUUAAGACAAACAAAACUACUGGACAUGAUCAAAUACCAGCUCGAGCCGCCAAAGAAUCCGCUGAAAUUCUGUGUCAACCUUUCAGCUGUUUAGUGAAUUUUCUUUUUGAAAGGGGAAAAGUGCCUUCGAGUUGGAAACUAGGUGAAAUUGUCCCGGUCCACAAGAAAGACUGUCCGUUAACAAAGACAAACCAUCGCCCUAUAACAAUCCUGCCGGUCUUAACCAAAGUUUUUGAAAAAUAAAAAAAGAUAAAAAAUAAAAAUAAGUUAAUCACGUACGAGACGUUGCUAAAACAACUAAACCUGUUGUCUCCAUUUAAUCAAAGAAUUGUUAAUCCAAAGUAAAUACAACCACCGACCACCUAUGGUCUCAAAUCGUGACGUUAUACUGCAGCUAAGAUUUGGAACACUCUUCCGGAUCAGUUUCGUGCCGCUGAUAAGAUCGGAACAUUUAAGAACUUGAUGUCUAUGUUGGAUUUCUCAAAUUUUACAUUUUAAUCGUGAUCUACACUUAGUUUUAAUAAUUUUUUAAUUGUAUAAAUAUCUUUUUAUAUAGGUUUUUAUAAGAAAUCUUCUCUUUCUAUUAUUAUUUCUAGUUUAUUUAUUUACUUUUCGUGGCAUGUCUGUAAGGUAGCUAAUUAGCUAAGAACAUUUGAUCACGUUAAAUAAAGCUUAUUGUUAUAUUGUUAUUCAAGUGUAGCAAGACACAAGACCGGGCUUAAAACUAUUUGUAUUUAAGCUCAUACACUAAUUGUUUGUGUCACGUUUAAAGAUUUUCUUUUAGGUCUCCAUCAUUCCAGGUCUUAAAUUGGUUCAGUGUCAAACAAACAAAACCAUCAUUUAUGCAUUUUUCCAUAUUUCUUGACAGUUCUUUUAUAUAAAUUUCUAGUGAACGUGAGAUCAGUUAACCAAUGGGUGUAUUAAUAUCUUUAUCCACUUUUCAGCUCCCAAUUUAAUAUUUUUAUCAAUUUUGAACUAAUACCGAUUCAAUUAAUUAGUUCAUCUAGUGUGGUCAGAUCGAAAGAGUUAUUUAUGACUAAAAAGCUUCCAAAAAAUCUUCAUUAAGUCCUAACACUCAAGAAAUAACCAUAGGAGGUGUUUGGCAGAUGAUUGUUCGUUGAAUUGCAAGAGAAGAGGAAACGUUUGAGGAAAAUAAAUUUGUGCCAUUAUGGCACUUCUUAGAUUCGUUUCUAUCCUCAAUUGACUAAGCUGUUGUAUGCCUUUUGACAAACUUGUAUGGCAAAGUCGCUCAAACUCUCAGUAUCCGAGUAACUCAUUGGUUGAAUAGUCAUCCCGAGUGGAGUAGUAAGUUAUUCAAAAGACAGAUGAUAGCUAAAAUUUGAAAACAUUGAUCUUUGUAUCAAAUUCUACUUAAUUCGAUUCGUUUAAAUCGGCCAACGUUUUGAAACCAUCUCAACGCUGCAAUUUUUAUAACAGCUCUGAGAGAGGGUUCUCUCCCUUUUGAAAAAAGAUAUCAGCGUUUUACGCGCUUACUAACGCUGUAGAAAUCUUGAGUACAAUUUGAUUCAGUAUAUUUCUAUUAUUUAUACGAUACACGCCAGCAAAAGUCAUUUCGAGUGCAACUGCAGAUUCACUGGAUACCUUGCAGUGUAACGGAGAUUGAAAAACAAAUGACCAGAAUAUUCUUCGCUGUACACCUGUGCAAACAGUUUUCCCAGUUAUCAUAUUAUUAUUACGAUCAAUAAUAAAAAUAAAUUAUUUUCACUGCAUGUCUUCUCCCAAAACCUUAUUUUUCUGGGUGUUUACAAACAAUUUCUAACAUUCGAGUGUAGCAAGACACAAAACCGGACUUAAAACUAUCUGUAUUUAAGCUCAUGCACUAAUUGUUUGUAUCACGUUUAAAGAUUUUCUUUUAGGUUUCCAUCAUCCCAGGUCUUAAAUUGGUUCAGUGUCAAACAAACAAAACGGUCAUUUAUGCAUUUUUCCACAUUUCGCGGCAGUGCUUUUAUAAAAAUUUCCAGUGAACGUGAGAUCACUUAACCAAUAGGUGUAUGAAUAUCUUUAUCCACUUUUCAAAUCUCAAUUUAAUAUUUUAUCAAUUUUAAACUAAUACCGAUUCAUUUAGGAUUUUUAGAAAAAAGCAUAAACAGAAAAUAUACCCAAGAACCAGCUAUCCCAAUAGUCACUAUGGUGCUGUCAAAAGAAAUAGUCAUGAACUGUUAAUGUGUUAACAUACAGAUACAGUUUUUUCCAGAUAUUUUUUACGUUUUGACUUAACAAAACGCUCUUUGAUUGAAAAAAGAGAAGAAAAAAAACUUGAUCACAAGAUAUCAUGUAUAAAUAAAUGAUGAUCCAAGAUUGUUGUGGUUUCAUCUUCUAAAAUGGCAGGAACAUAUAAAUGUGAAUAGAGCAAACUUUCGAAGUAGCAUUGUGAGAAUUUCUGAAACGUGACCCCACGAACCUCGAUGUUAAGACUGUUGGUCACUUUAAUCUCUGUUGGAAACUUUUGUUCAAAUAUUUCAAUGUUUUAAUGAUGCUAUAGCAUAGCUGAAGAAGCGAAAUUGAGCUCCACAAUCAGUCUCUCUCGUUACACCAGAUGCAUAAAACUUUCAACAUUUCAGAAUUAAAUGGUAGAGUGAAAAAUUGUUACGUGACUAGCUGGUGGUAUAGAAACGCAAUUUAGGCUUUUAAACUUCUUAGGGUUAACCGAUGGCAGUAAAACGGGAGAAAGAUGUAGCCGUUAGGCGUAAAAAAAGUUAACCGUAAAAAUUAUUUGUUUUGAUCACAAUGGAAAGAAAUUUAAAGUUAGCCAAAAAAUAGCCAAAAUUUGAACCGUUAACGGUAAAAGCCAUCACCCCAUUGAGAUCCUCUAUACUGGGAUAUACCUCUAAAUCGCAAUAGAAUUUUAAGGUGCCUUCGCUGAAGGCAAAAAGUUGCUGUUGCUUUUUGAGCUUUAAUUUGGAAAAAUUUGAAUUUGUGAUUUGAAAACAUUCUAAAUAACAUUAAGUUUUACGAGGACUUUGUUUUCAACUUACAACUUGACGCAAUUUUACUUCCUUCUUUUUGGAAAUACUAUAGUUAAGAAAUCUUACAACAGUGCCGAGAAUCUAGCUUCAGUAUGGCCAAGGGAGGAAUUUGUUAAGGAGCAACAGCGCGAUUCCCGAAAGGAAGGGAAACUUCCUGACCGUUAUACAACAACAGAAAUUGCAUUGGCAAUCCGAAAUCGAGAGCCUGCCUCUUAUAUUUCACUCAUACAACGGCCGUCAACCACCUGCUUAAAACAUCAUUCUUAACUAAACAAUCACUAUACAUUCUAUUAUAAGAAUUCCUGCGACAUGAUCCCACGAAUGAAGGGGUAAUGACAACUUACUUAAGUUCUUCCUACAUCCACACCAUCUGAAAAAAUAUUUUCAUUGGAAUAAACACGAGACAAACAUGAAUCAUGUGUUUGAAAAAGUUUUACCUUACAUGUAACUAAAGGCGGCAAGUUGAACUAUUCUAUCAUUUUUAUUACCUCAUAAAGUUUUCAAUAGCAAUUUGUCUGUUUAUCUAGUGUGGUCAGAUCAAAAGAGUUAUUUAUGACUAAAAAGCUUUAAAAAUUAAAUCUUCAUCAAGUCCUAACACUCUAGAAAUAACCAUUAGAGGUUAUGUGUUUGUUAGAUGAUUGUUCGUCGAAUGACUAGAGAAGAGAAAAACUUUGAGGAAUACAAAUUUGUGCCAUUAUGGCACUUCUUAGAUUCGUUUCUAUCCUCAAUUGACUAAGCUGUUGUAUGCCUUUUGACAAACUUGUAUGGCAAAGUCGCUCAAACUCUCAGUAUCCGAGUAACUUAUCGGUUGAAUAGUCAUCCCAAGUGGAGUAGUAAGUUAUUCAAAAGACAGUUGAUAGCUGUAAUUUGAAAACAUUGACCUUGUAUCAAAUUCUACUUAAUUCGAUUCGUUUAAAUCGGCCAAUAUUUUGAAACCACCUCAACGCUGCAAUUUUUGUAACAGCUCUGAGACAAGGUUCUCUCCCUUUUUAAAAAAGAUAUUAGUGUUUUACGCGCUUACUAACGAUGUAGAAAUCUUGUGUACAAUGUGAUUAAGAAUAUUUCUAUUGUUAAAUACGAUACACACCAGCAAAAGUCAUUUCGAGUGCAACUGCAGGGUCACCGGAUACCUCCUGUUGUUACGAAGAUUGAAAAACAAAUGACUAAAAUAUUCUUCGCUGUACACCUGUGCAAACAGUUUUCCCAGUUAUCAUAUAUCUGUUGCCUUGUAAUUUUUAUUUAAAGCAGCCUAUCAUUGGCAGAAAGGUGCAUUUCGCAUGCUAAGAAGCUGAACAGGUUAACCAUGUUGGUCUCCUUUCUGCUAGUUUCCCUGCUCUUUGCUGGAAAAAUCGUCUGCUAUGAGUCGUUUGACGAGUUUGAGGACGACGAAUCUUUCGCCGAGGCAAGUGUGAAGACUUUUUGACUGUUGUGUGUUUUGUUGCUUUGAAUAGGAAAAUAGUUGGUAUAGGCAGGUGGUCAGGAAAACCGGUAAAAUCAACAUAAAAUAACGGUGCAGCAGUUUAUGUUGGGAGAUUCCCGAUCUGGCACAAUCUUUUGUUCACACACACAAUUGAAUGUAUCGAUGUGUAGUCUCUAUCUAGUGCUUUAGAUUUCACUUGAAUUGAACUCUAGACCACUCAUUCCUUUUUGUUUAAUUAUUUUGCCGCUUACUUUCAAGGCAUCUUCUCAUAACUAGCGCUCAAGCAAACUUGUAUAAUAACAGGUGAACACACUAUCGAGGUGACUUCAACUCAAGUCAAUUUUUUCGCAUCAACAGAGCUACCUAAGGAAGUAUCACUACAUAUCACCAGCUAGAUCAGGAAACCAGGACCUGAACAAAGCAAUAAAAAACUUCCAGAAGUUUUUCCAUUUGUCACAAACGGGAGAACUGGACGAAGACACUCUAUACCUGAUGAGAAAGCCACGAUGUGGAAUGCCCGAUGUCGACGAAGAUGGACGCGUCAAGCGUUUCACCACGCAAGGAAAAUGGUCCAAGACAAGUUUAACAUAUUAUAUGGAGUACGGUAACGAUAUGAGUGAGGCCACUCAGCUUCGUAUCAUCGAGGAAGCUUUAGACAAAUGGGUUGGUGCUGCUUCAAGUCUUAAGUUUACGUGGACAGAUGACUACGACAAUGCCGAUAUAAGGAUAAGGUUGGACCGCUUUGUGUUCUAACGAUAAUUUUAGUGAUAAUAUUAAAGAUGAUAACAAUCAUACUAAUAAUGAUGAACGAAUGAGCCGUUGCGAAUAUCUAUUUGACGGCUGAUACCUUCAUAUUUUCGCUGAAGUAACCUUUUUCCUCGCUAAAGUAAUGUUUUUCCCUAAAAGCUCUGGAUCUAAAUCUCAUGCUGGCGUCACUAAUGAGAAAGACUGUAAUAACGAUUUCGACGGAGAGGGAGGAACCCUUGCGCAUGCGUACUACCCUCAAGACGGAAGGGUCCAUUUUGAUAACGAUGAAAGGUACAGUGAGAAUGGUGGUACCACUGGGUGGUGGUGGUCGGAGAAGGUUUACCAAAGCUUAAGCUAUGUUGCUACGCACGAGUUUGGUCAUACCUUAGGACUGGGUCACUCUGACAAUGACGACGCCGUCAUGUGGCCCUAUGCUGGAACAGGAAAUCCCAGCUUACAUUCGGAUGACAUCAGUGGCAUACAGUCGCUUUAUGGUGAGCAAAUGUCAGAUAUAAGAAACAUUCUAUUAUGA